AUGAUUGAUGAAAUGCAGCAGAACGUGAACUGGCUCGAUAGAGAGUUUGCUCUCGCCGUUGAAAUCCGCAACCGGAGGAGCGAGCUAGUGAGCCUGCUGCUCGACAGUCUAUCCCCAGAGACUCAAUCAGAGCUGCUGCCACUUCAGCCCGUGGAGCCGACUCAAGGAACCUGUGGCUGGUUCUUCAAAUCUACCGAGUUUCAGUCAUGGGCAGCGACCGGCUUUGACGGUGUUCUGCUUAUUGAGGGCCUACCAGGGUGUGGUAAAACAUUCCUUGCAGAAUAUCUCUUUCAAAAUCCUGGCACUGAAUUACAGAUACGGUACAGCUUCUACAACUCUCCGAAAAGUGUCUCAUUUACCGCGUCAGUCCUUGAAAAACUGCUGAAAAUGGCGACGAGCUCUUACCGGUCUGCGAAAUGGCACGACAGGGUCAUCGAGGCUUCGUUACCCCUGGCUGAGUUGAUACUACAAAGGCGUCGGGAGGCGCUACGACGAUUGCCAGAGGUGCUCAAUGACAUUUUUUCGAGAGUUGAACUGCCCGAAACCACAAUCAUCGUCGACGCAUUGAGCAAUUGCGCGGACGAUAUGUUUGGUUAUCUUGAAUCCAUCAGUCGGUCACCUAAAGUCAGGCUUGUGGUACUAUCACGCAGUGAUCCACGAUUCAGCUCCGCAAAAACAAUGAAAAUGGAUCAGUCCAAGAUCGAGGACGACGUGCGAGCGUACGCAAAGGCCAGAAUCGCAGGCAGCAAGGGGCUGAGUUGUGUCGGCAAUCAGAUCCUUGAAAAUGUCCCUCGAAUGUGUUCUGGCACAUUCUUGCCCAUGAAGCUGGUGCUAGACGACCUGGAGCAGGCAGACAGUCUUGAAGACCAAAAUGAGAUCCUCGCACAUGCACCAACUAGCCUCAUGGCGAUAUAUGAGAACCAUUGGUCCAGUGAAGAACCAGACGAUGCUCGAAGUCGAGAUCGGCGACGGGAGAUCUUUUCCUUACUCGUUCGCGCCCGGAAGCAUCUAUCGGUUGACGAUAUUUCUACUUUUAUUGCUGUCGAUGUUUCUACUAAUGAGGUACAAUUAGCUCGCAAGCUGAAUGACCCUCUGAAGGCUGUCGAGAAGCUUUGCCGGCCAUUUGUGUCCUUCACAAAGCGCAAAGUGGAGAUAACGAAUCCCUCCAUAAAGGAUUUUGUCAAACAGCAGGUCGUCAAGGACCCAGAUGCGUAUCUUGCGGAGAAGUGUUUAAGCGUGCUCAGUCAAGAGGCUUUUGCAUCUGUACCUUACGCAGCUGCUUUGUUGCGCAAGCAUCUCCUCCCGCAGGGCUUGUCUACCGACAAUACGGUUGAUAAAGAUUCAGUGCCGUACGAAUACGCCGCGUUACACUGGUGGGAGCAUGUCACCGCAGUGAAGGAACCCUCUGACUUUUUGCUGUCUAAGUUGUAUGGCUUCAUCACUGGGAUACCAUCAGUAACCUGGUCCGAGAGACUUGCAGAUUUAAAACCCGGCAACGAAGCAACAACUAUCAAUGUACAGAUUGACGUCCGGGCAGAGCUAUCGAGCUGGGUACGGGGACUACCACCAGUUAGCCGCCCAAAGAUCCCACUCGAAGACUUCUUUGUGGCGGCACAUAACAAAAUACGGCAUGAGCUUGCGCAUGAUGAAGAGGACCGUCUACUCCCUUUCCUGCCGGCAAUUCGUCUCGGCCAGUGGUACAACGUUGGUGGACAGUCCGUCGAAGACUUUCAAAAGGCCUACGACUAUAAGAAGAUUGUUGUGGACGGGUUUACCAAAGUGCUAGGAAAGCGCAGCCCUCUAACGCUGAAGGUUCGCACUGAAUGGGUCAAAGACUUCUUCUCCCAAGGUCGCAUCCAGGAAGCAGAGAUGGAGCUGAGCGAGAUUGUACAGAUUGAAAAAGAGAUAUCUGGGGACGCUUCAGAAACUUUUUUCAAAGCACUACAGCUGCUUGGCACGGCCCAGUACUGCAUGACAAAGUUCGUCGAGGCAUUGGCAUCGUUGAGGGAGUCUGGCACCGGCCUCCUGAAACUUUUCGGUACCAACCAGUGGGUAUGCCAGGUCAAUGACUUAUAUGAAGGUUGGGUGCUUGAGCGUCUUGGUCAACCCGGAGAAGCAUUGAAGAGAUAUGAAUCAAUCGCAGAGCACUGGAUUCCAAUUGCAGGGAGCACAAAUGGGCUUUCUCUGAUGGCCAUAACAUCAAUUGGCUCGGUGCAGCGCAAAUUCCAGAGCUACGAGGCUGCAAAAUCGAACUUGCUAGAGUCCUGGACAAAACGUCGACGCCAAUUCAGCCUGAAUAACAACACCACCGUUGAUUCGGGUUUACAGCUGGCUGUCACGUACCGCGAAAGCAGGGCAUAUAACGACGCAUUGAAGAUUUUGAAGCAAGUGGGGGAAUCAAGCGUCUUUGGGACAGACUUCGAACGCAUAUGUCAAGCGGCCCACAUCCGUGCGCUGGUGGCAUUUGAUCAAGGCGAGUUCCACCGUCCGAAGAAUGACCUCAGUCGUAUCAUCGACGAAACCAUCGGAGACAAGCGUGAGAAGAAUAACAGAGAGUGCUUGUGGAUACGGACGACUUUGGCGGACGCUCUGAAACACCAUGGCGAGCGUGAUGAGGCACUAAUGCUCUUUUCGGAGCUCGUCAAACCGCUCGAAGUCACAUUGGAUGGUCGACCAUGUACGCCGACUCUCAAAGACGAGCCAGAGCCUCCGUCGCAGUUGUCGAUUGCCGAGAAGGCCGUCAGGCUUGUGAAGGAUCGUGACCAGUCGGGCGCUGCAGAGUUGCUGACGAAAAACGGGUUACAGUGGGUUCGUCAGAAAGACUUCUGGAUCCAACAAGGAGGUCCACCCACAGAUACGGCCUGGAUGAAGCCUGUGAAUUUCACCGAACUUCUGAGCUGCUCUUGGGUAGAGCUUUAG